AUGUUUGCUCCAUGUAGUUUAGAAAUUCCAGCUGUAGUUUUUGAUAAUGGGUCUGGAGUCUGCAAGGCUGGCUUAUCUGGAGAGAUUGGACCCCGCCACGUAAUCAGAUCUGUCGUGGGAGAUCCAAAAUUGGACUUGUUUGCCACAAGAGCUAAUCAGAACUUCUUCGUGGGGACUGAAGCUCUGUACAAGUAUGAGACCCUAAAUCUGCAUUUUCCUAUUGAGCGUGGCCUUAUCAUGGGCUGGGACUACAUGGAGAAGCUCUGGAAACAUCUUUUCGAGUAUGAUCUGGGAGUGAAGUCCAACGAACAUCCCGUGCACAUGACUGAACCUUCAUUGAAUCCAAGACAGGUUCGUGAGAAGAUAGCAGAGGUAAUGUUUGAGACCUUCAAUGUGCCUGCCUUCUAUCUGUCUAACCAUGGGGUUGCAGCACUCUAUGCCUCUGCCUGCAUCACCGGCCUGGUGGUGGACAGUGGAGAAGAGAUCACUUGUACCGUCCCAGUCUUCGAGGGUUACUCCCUGCCUCAUGCUGUCAGCAAGCUCUAUGUGGCCGGCAGGGACCUUACAGAGCACCUGUCCCGGCUGCUUCUGGCCAGCGGGCAUACCUACUCCUCUGUAUACAGCAGAGCAGUGGUGAGUGACAUCAAGGAGAAGCUGGGCUAUGUGGCCUUUGAUCCAGACAAGGAGCUAAGAAAACAAGGGCAAGUCCUGAGAGAGUACAGACUGCCAGAUGGCACUACAAUCUGCAUCGGGGACCAGCUACACCAGGCUCCCGAAGCCCUCUUUGCGCCUGACCAGCUGGGCAUCCAAAGCCCUGGAAUCACGAAAAUGGUCACCAGGAGCAUCUUAAAGUGUGACACCGACAUCCAGGCCUCCCUUUUAGCAGAGAUUGUGCUGGCCGGGGGCACCACUCUGUUCCCUGGGUUCGAGGAACGCCUGUUGAGAGAACUGGAAUUAGUAGCUGUCAGAGGGACCCCCAUCAAGAUCACAGCUUCUCUUGACAGGUGUUUCUCUUCCUGGAUCGGUGCAUCCAUCAUGAGCUCUCUGAGUACCUUCAAGCAGAUGUGGGUCACCUCUCCUGAAUUCAAGGAGUUUGGGCCAUUUGUGAUCCAGAGAAAAUGCUUCUGA